AUGGCGAAGUCUUGCAAAGGUUUGGCUAUGGAACUCGUGAAAUGCUUGAGCGAAUCUGACUGUGUUAAGGUUGAAAACAGGCCGUACAGAGAAUGUGCAAAAGAGAAGAGCCCCAAAAUUUCAAGCGAGUGUGUGGGGCUUAGAGAAACAUAUUUCAACUUGGCGGAGCCACCAGUAUGGCGAGGCAUGGGCGGCCGCCAUACCUGGCCGCCGGCGAACACCCCCCCACCCCCCAGUUCUGUGAGUGUCCAGACGAGGAUCGAUCGGAAUCUUGACGGAGGUUGCCGGAGAGUUCAUAAGGGUUCUACUGAUUUCGCCCAAAUUCGUGAGUCUUCGAGACCCUAA